AUGAAACAGGAGCUGGUACCUGCAUUGAUGGACAUCGACGCGCGAAUCGCUGUCAAGGACGGUCACGUGGAGAAGAAGCCGCACGGUCAUGGCGAUGUGCAUGCGCUGCUCCACCAGCAUGGCUUGCCCGCCAAGUGGGCCAAAGAAGGCAGAGAGUGGCUUCUGCUGUUUCAAGACACGAACCCACUGCCCUUCCGCAGCCUUUGCGCGAUUUUGGGCGUUUCUGUUAGCCGCGGCUUCGCGAUGAACUCCGUCGCCGUUCCGCGCUUGCCUGGCGAAGCAGUGGGCGGCAUUUGUCAGCUGAGCUAUGGCGCAGAUGUCAACCCAGACCAAGUUUAUCAACAGCAGGAGCAGUUCAUCAGGAAAGGCGCCUCGGGUGAUGACCUGACCAUCAACGUCGAAUACAACCAGCUGGAUCCACUUUUGAAGGACACUCCGGCUGGUGGGGAUGUGGCAGACGCGAGCGGCUUCUCCCCCUACCCCGGCAACAUCAAUGUCCUAGUUUUCCACGUUGGCACAAUGGCGCAGCGGCUCGCCACGACCGGUGGAAUCGUUCCGGAGUUCGUGAACCCAAAGUGGGCAGAUGCCGAGAAGAGCAAGUUUAAGUCACCGACGCGCCUCGAGUGCAUGAUGCAGGACUUCCCUCGGCUUUGCACAAAGGCUCGCUGCGGGAAGACUUGGAUGUGGAAGGUACACGCACUUGCUGUGAACCCUGCGUGUCACUCCGUAUGGCUGUAA